CGCCACGGGAGAGGGAGACCCAGCGCGCCCCUGGCCUCUCCGCCGCACCGCUCGGCCCCGGUGAUGUGAGCGUGCGAGGCUGCAGUGCCCCCUGGCCCAGGGCUGAGCCGGGCGUCCGCUGUCUGCGAGGGGCCGGCAGGAUGGAAGAGAGCAUGGAAGAGGAAGAGGGGGGCAGCUACGAGGCGAUGAUGGACGACCAGAACCACAACAACUGGGAGGCCGCCGUGGACCGCUUCCGGCGGCCGCCGCCGCCGCCCCUGCCGCCGAUCCCAGCCUCUACCCGGGAGCCCCCGGGAGGGCAGCUGCUGCCAGUGCCCACUUUGUCCGUGGACAGGAAAGGCCCCAAGGAGGGACUGUCCAUGGGGCCACCGCCAGAGUCCAACGGGGUGAUCAUGAUGUUGAAGAGCUGCGAUGGGACUGCCACUGUGGCCAAGGCUGCCCCCGCCUCCACCCCCAGCUCCACCAUCAACAUCAACACCUCCACCUCCAAGUUCUUAAUGAAUGUUAUAACUAUUGAAGAUUAUAAGAGCACAUACUGGCCAAAAUUGGAUGGUGCCAUAGACCAACUUUUAACCCAGAGUCCUGGUGACUAUAUCCCCAUAUCUUAUGAACAGAUAUACAGUUGCGUGUAUAAGUGUGUGUGCCAGCAGCACUCGGAGCAGAUGUACAGUGAUCUGAUUAAAAAGAUAACCAAUCACUUAGAGAGAGUCUCAAAGGAGCUGCAGGCCAGCCCUCCCGAGCUCUAUGUUGAAAGAUUUCAUGUAGCUCUUGGACAGUAUAUGGGAGCACUGCAGAGCAUUGUGCCUCUUUUCAUAUACAUGAAUAAAUUUUACAUUGAAACCAAGCUUAACAGAGACUUAAAGGACGACCUUAUAAAGCUGUUUACGGAACACGUUGCCGAAAAGCACAUCUACAGCCUGAUGCCUUUACUUUUAGAAGCCCAGUCGACACCUUUUCAGGUCACGCCUGCGACGAUGGCGAAUAUCGUGAAAGGCCUGUAUACCCUCAGACCAGAAUGGGUUCAGAUGGCUCCAACUCUGUUUUCUAAAUUUAUUCCAAACAUUCUCCCCCCGGCGGUGGAAUCGGAGCUUUCUGAAUAUGCUGCUCAAGAUCAGAAACUUCAAAGAGAACUGAUGCAGAAUGGGUUUAUGAGAGGUGACCAGUCCCGGAAGAGAGCGGGGGACGAGCUGGCUUACAGCAAUUCAUCGGCAUGCGCAAGUUCCAGGGGCUACAGAUAGUGAUGGCCACAGCUGUGCUUUUGUUUCUGCAAAGAGGGCGCGCCGGACUGCAGAGACACCCCAGCCCUCCCUGCACAGCCGGCAUCCUGUAGAAACUCGGGGGUGGGGCCUCUGUCCCUGGGCUGUUCUUGGGAACAGAUGUUGGACUUUUGACAUUGGUUUGUAAUGUUAAAAUAAUUUUAAACAAAACUAACAAACCGAAAAUAAGCAAACAAAACCCCAGUCAAUUGCUGCUAGACUUUGGGACGAUUUGGGAACGGGACAAUCUCAUACUGAGCUCGUGCUUGCUGCCACGAGGAACAAGCGUCUUGAACAGUGACCACUGCAAAGUGCAAGCCAGCAGCUUCCUCCAAAACUAGAGCCGCAGGACCCUCCUCUUUAAAACUCGCACUCUGUUCCUUGGUGGGCGGGGCCCCUCCUGCUCCCUCACGUUGGUCUCACUUGUCAAGGUCCCCUUUGCUCUGAAAACAAUACAGUGUUGUUUGUCCAUCCCCAAACAACCCCUCCUCAGAGUUAGUCUCUGUUCCGCAUUAGGACGUCUUGUUAGAGGGAAAGGCUCGCCCUUCCGCCCUCCCUUCUCUUUCCCCGGACUCUGUGCCUUGAGUUCUGUGCACGUUGCCACCGUGUGACCCUGUCAGACUCACAGCUGCUUCCUGAAGAAGGUGGCCAGUGGGACUUGGGAACAGGAUGCUAAUGAAAUUGGCAACUAGGGGCAUGUUGCAAGGGCUCAGAUUCUCCCCCAGCUCCCCCUUUGUCACACACAAGAUGUCGAGAUCAACUCACUAGACAUGUCUAGCCCCUCCCUCCCAUCUCGCCAGCUGCUGUCAGGUCAGGGUGCUCGUUUGGGGGUGGCCGCUCUGCACCAGCACGGCCCUCUUGCUCAGUGUUGAGAGCAGCUCUCUGCCACGCACAGGAGGCAGGUACGGUUAUGGAACCUAAACGGAAGGGAUGGGGUGGGCACCUGAUCCAUUUAAUCUUAAAAGAGUGAGCAAAGUAGUUAGAGAAAAGUCUGCAGUCAGCCUUCGAACAUGUUGAGUUCUUGGUUGAGGUGGGGGAAAGUGGCACUGUUCUUCACAGUGCCCUCCCUCCCUGCUGGGGCAGAGCCGAGCUGUUCCCUGUGGUGGCCACUCCCUGGCCUGUCUCCUUCCUCAUAAAGGAAACACCUAAACAACCAUUUCUCAGCUUUGUUCAACUCUAAAUGGAGCAUAGGUGUCAACGCUAUUCAGCAGAGUCAGAGUUGUGGGCCAUGAAGGUAGACAUGCCAGGGGUGCUGUUGCGAGGUGCCUCUGGGGCAGGGGGGUGGUGAGUUAGAAGGGUGGUGUGGGGAGCAGAGCUGGGUCCCCUCUCCCAGAUGGUCAGAGAAGGACAGUCUGAAAUACUGAGCAGGCCGUGGUGGUAGGUUCUGCAGAGGACUUGGAGUUGGACAUGUCCCUGGGAGCACCUUAGAGAGGGGCGGGUGAACUUGGGGUGGUUGUGAGGCCCUAGGCGCACUCUCAGGCAGCCCUGUGCCCAGAGAUGGGGUCCAUCUGUCACCUCCUUGUCUCCUGGAGAAUCUCGGGGCCGUUUCACCACGAAGUCCAGGUACUUCUUUUUCCCACGGGAAUGUGUAGAUUGAUCAGUGACACCCGGAACAGAAGGCUCAUGCUAAUCCUCACGAAAGUCCAGCAGACCGUUGUCUCCGCGUGAACCCUAACGACGCUCCCAGAUGCAUUUUCUGAGAGAGGACUGAUCUUUUUUUGACAACACAAGAACUUUCCCUACAAAAGCACUAAUCACCAUGUGAACUGGCAUUAAAAUCUGUGGAUGUUCUUGCGUUUCUAACAUAAUUGCCCUGGUCUGAUAUCUUUACUGUCUUUUUAUUGUGUACAUAUUAACAGAAAGUAGGCAACGCUUGCAAAUUUUGUUUCCUGUAAGUUUUUGCCUUGAUGAGGCGGGGUUUGGUGCUGUAGAGCUGUGAUCGGAAGGCUCUAUGGAAAUGGUUGUCCCUGGUCCUCACAGGGGCCCUUCUGGGGUAGCCUGGCACGAUGAAGAACUUGCCACUCUUAAGUCAAAAUUGACCAUGUGCAUGUACUUGGAAUGCUUCAUGGAAUUCUUCAUUUGAAACCCAGAAAGAAUGAAGUUGGCCCUCCAUUCCUAUUGACUGAGUACCACUUGCCAGAAGACACCGUCUUGUCAUGUUUACGUGUGUUCUUGCCAGUGCAGUAUCCAGGCAGAGCCGCGCCACCGCGGCCAAACCGUGACUUUGGUGGAUCCCACGUCUUGUCCCUGCCGCUUGAUUAACUGGCUAACUGGACAAGGAUGCAGGGGCAGCCUGAAGCUAGAUUCUUAACAGAGAGCCCGCUCGUCUCCUGGUCCUUUUCAGCCACAGGGCGGCCCGAAGUAAUGACCUGUGAAACCAAAUCGAUGCUAGCUGUUUGGAGAGCAGGCCCGCUGCCUUCUCUGUCACAGCUGAACUCCCACCCGCCGGGAACCAGGGCUUUGUGUUCCUGGUGCAGGAAGCGCCCAGGAAGGAUGGUGAGCCUUCCCGAAUCGUUCUUGGGGUGAAGGACACGAAGCAAAAACCUGGAUUACGUGAGGUGCGUUAAAAAUAGUGCCUGAGAACGUUACCUUUUCUGUCCCUUUCCUAAGUCUGAGGCAGUGACCCUCCCUUCCUUUAAGGACUCGGGAUGGAAAGGCAUUGGGUGGCGGAUGGGCGGGGCGCCUGCAGGAAUCCGGUGCCCUCCCACCUUGAGGACUGCUCAGGUGUCUGCGGGCACCUGCCUGCCAGGGGCCGCGACCCCUUCCCUCCCACACAGCCUGCUUCCGGGCUGGUGGCAGAUUUGCACGCAUUGCUGAUCGAUUCCUCAGGAAGUCUUGGAGUUGCAUCACCUCACUCCUGUGUGCUGACCUCCGUACCGAAGGAGUGGAGGAAGCCUUUGGGCUCGCAGGGCUUCAGAGUGGUCUGCCCGGGCACUCGCUGAGGUAAUGAAUGGUGGUCUCCCAAAGCAGACGGGCUGCUGCCAUUGCCCAGUGCGCAGGAGCCCUGGGAUCAUAGUGUCUCAAUGACGCGGGCUAACCCACCCGAGUCACCGUCCCGAUACUGUCCAACUCUCAGGGCUGGCUGCGUUGUCUGUAAUGUUCCAGGGCGGUUCGUUAUUCCCGUGAUUGUUAAUGUGGCGGCUCAGCCUUGCCUUGGAGCUAAAAUCCAGGUGUUUGUAAUCAGCAGCUAUUAUUAAAAUAGCUAAGCAUUGUUUUAUGGGUAGACGCUAAUGUGAGCUAUGGAGAAAUGUACUAAAACGCAGAACAAACAAAAGCAAUCCCGUGAGUUAAUCAGUCACUGGAUGUUUCGAGUUGGAUUUUUCUUUUAAAAAUUUUUGUAAAAUUUUAAUGGUGUCUUUGUGUGGAGUAUUAACGUUUACUUAGUCCAAACCUGGGCUGCCUCAGGGGACUUUGAGCUCCUAGUGGGAAUGGGACUCUCACUUGACGACCUGCGUGGGAGGUGGGCACUGUUUUCAAUAGGGCCGCCUCGGUUCAAAGUCUGCGGCAUCCAAAGCCAGGGAGGUCCUCCCAUCACAUGCACUGUGGUCCCAUUGCUGGCCACCGGGGAGAUAGGGCUCCUAUUCCAUUUCCACCGCUUCUCAACUAAGUCCCCGAGGUGCGGCCGAGGCCCUGGUUUAGAGUUUGGACCUCUGCCGGAGUCGGAUGGCACGAUGCUGGACAGCUACCUGCUGUGUGAGGAGUGCAGCUGCAGGACCGUGAGAGGGCAGCGUCCUCGUGGGCCCUGCCAUGCCUGCUCCACAUGGCCAGACAUCAUCUUCACCUCGGGGUGGGCUCUCGUUAAGGACCAUGUUCAUGGCUUACAAUUCUGAGAAAUUGAUCAUGUGGCUUUGGGGUUAUAAAUUCUGUGGAUUGCAAAAAAAUAAAUAUUUUCUAUUGAUUCUCAUAUGUCAUUUCCAUGUUGUGACGAUUACUAACAGGUGCCCGUUGUUAACCACAUGACAGCUCACGUGCUUUCAUUAUUCUGGUUUGACAGGAGAAAGUCAUGAAAUAGGAAGUGAAGGGGUGCUGUGGGGACAGCGCGUGGAGAUCAGAUGUAGGCAAGAGGCUUCUGCCAUAUCCUCCCCUCACUCCCACCCCCUCGAGCCAGAAUUCAGAGGAAGCCUUGGAGUCUGGUCCCUGCUGGGGCUUGUGCUCCAAAGACUUGGAGCCAGAGGGUGUCUGCCACUCAAGCUCUUGUUCAUCCAAGAACACUGGUGGGUGCAAUUCAUCCUGACUUUCAACGCCUGAUGGACUUUGACGCACGUCGUCUGUGUCAGGGUGCCAUCAUGCUCAGACAUUCUGAUGAAUGGGAUAAACCAGGGACCUGGGACACACGAACUGUGUGACAAUGCAGUGGGAUUGUGAGCAUACAGUAGUCAUGUCUGGCAGUGCUGGUUUUCCAUUUGUAAACGUGUGUACGUGUGUGUGUGAAAUUAUAGACGUGUACACGUCAUUUUUUAAAUGCACAUUUGUCAAUCUUUAAUCAACUUUCUAACUUGUGGGUGUGUUUGACCUGCUAUCAUGCAAACUUACCAUCUUGUUUGCUGUGAAAUUAAUUAAUAGGUUUUAUGAGAUGGUAUUAAAUUUCUCAUGCUGUCUUUUUGAA